GAGAGCAAAUAAGGGUAUUGCAAGUUUAUAUCUUUAAAAGGACAACACUCAUAAAGUUUUGAGUCACACCCGCUUUUCAAGGAGGGAAUUAAUCGCCUUUAAACUUAAAAGUUUGCAAAAAGAAGCCCGCAUUAUUGCUCAAGGCGGGUGUUGGCAUAUAUAAAAGAUGAUAAUUUUUUCAAUGUUCCCGCAGAAGUCAGUUUAACGACGGAAACCAAACGAAUUGGUUUAUUAUCGGCUUCUUUUUGUAUAACAUUUAAAUAACAAGUUUGAGAUAAAAGAAAUUUAAGGAUAAUGAAGCGAAUAUUAACGUUUUGUUUUCUAACGUGUCUACUUUUAGUCGGAGUUAUUUGCAGAUCAGUGCAACCUAAUACCAAACACCAAAUUCGUCUCAACGCUUUAGAAUUUAUGAAAAAAUUUGGAUACUUACAACCGGAUACUGAAUCAUCAGCGGCUUUAUAUACAGACGAAAGUUUAUCAAACGCACUUAAAGAGGUUCAAAAAUUUGGUGCUAUUCCACAAACUGGAAAAUUAGAUGAAGAAACUAUAAAGUUAAUGUCGAAACCAAGAUGUGGCCUCCCAGAUAAAGAUUCGCACCAACGCGCUAAAAGAUUUACUUUAGGUCCAACUUCUUGGAAAAAGCGCAACAUAACUUUCUUUGUUGCAAACGCUCCUUAUAGUUUGGGGGAAGAGAAGGUAGCCCAAGAUAUUCAAACUGCUUUAGAUUUAUGGGGCAGAUACUCUAAUCUUAAUUUUAAAAGACAUGGAAGUCCUGAUGCUGAUAUUAUUGUUUCUUUUGCAAGUGGAUAUCAUUCUGACUACUUACCUUUUGAUGGUCCAGGUGGUGUUUUAGCCCACGCUUAUUUCCCCCAAACAUAUGGAAGUUUAUCUGGAGAUGUUCAUUUUGACGCGGAUGAAAAUUGGACUCAAGAUGAUACGGAUGAUGGUCACCACUUCUUAGCAGUUGCUGUCCACGAAUUAGGACAUUCCUUAGGUUUAUCUCAUUCCCCAGAUGAAAAUUCAGUAAUGUUUAGUUAUUAUAAAAGUCGUGGUAAUUCUAUAGCUUUAGGAUAUGAUGAUGUUUUAGCUAUGUAUGAGUUAUACAUAAAACGAGAUCCAUUUGAAAAUGAUAGGGAAGUGGAGAAACACGAAUCUAAAGAUAGAUAUAAUAGUUAUGACGAAAAAGAGAAAAGUGAUGAAGAAACGACUACCUCAACUACUUCAACUACAACUUCAAAACCUACAACAACGAGUAACGAAAGUGCUGAAAAAGAAUAUCGAACAACUACAGAGACUUAUUAUACAUUCGAAGGAGAUACGGAAUCCGUAGAAACCCAUAAAAACCAUGACCAAUUUCAUGGGAUUCCCCCGAAAAUGCCCGAUAUUUGCCAAGGAAAUUUCGAUGCCGUUGCAACUUUAAGAAAUGAAUUAUUUGUAUUUAAAGACAAGUUUUUAUGGAGAUUAAUUGAUAAAUCCGAACUAUUCCCUGGUUAUCCAAUUCCAAUACGACAAAUGUUCCCGUUACCGGAAGAAAUUAAUAAAGUUGAUGCAGCAUACGAACGCCCGGAUGGAAAUAUAGUUAUAUUUGCAGGUAAAUCUUACUGGAUUUUUAAUGGUGGUACAUUUAUCGAAGGAAGUCCGCUUCCUUUAACCACUUAUGGUCUACCCGAUUAUUUAGAUAAAAUAGACGCGGUUCAAACGUGGUCGAAAAAUAGUAAAACUUACUUAUACCGCGGUGAUAGAUUCUGGAGAUAUAACGAAACGAGUAAAACCAUAGACGAAGGUUACCCAAAACACAUGGAAGCGUGGCCAGGAGUUCCCCAAGAUUUAGACGCGGCAAAUACGUGGAAAGACAACGUCACAUAUUUUUUUAAAGGAAAAUCUUAUUGGAGAUUCGACAACAAUUGGGUUAAAACGACCGAUUUAUCACCACUUCCGGCACCGCAAAUUUGGUUGGGAUGUCCCAAAGAAGAAGAUUUACUUGCUUAAUCAAUGAGUUCAUUUUCGGUGGUUUUUAUUGUUUAUAAAUUUAUGUAAUAAUUUAAGAUAUACAGGGUGUCUCAGCGAGACCGGUCAUUAG